UCAUUCUUCAUCCGCGCAAGUUAUGAUUUAUGAAUGAGGAUAGAAUCAUGCUCCGUGGAAGUUACACAGGUAGUUGGUCCUGAGGAGUGAAGUCUGACAACGGUUAUAGAAUGGCUCAAUUUCAAACUCAGAUCAGGAGAGUGAGAUGGUCGGCGUGGUUUCUAGGAGCGUCCAACGCUCUGACCGUCGCCCUGAGCGUUCCUGUCGUGUUGCCGGCGUUGGCUAGUCUCCCGUCUUGCGGGAGAGCCGACGUUGCAGCCGUCGCCCUCAUUGCGUUGAUUUCGUGCGCUAGAAUUCUAGCAAUGGCUCGCAUUGGAUUCCACCAAAAAGCUUCCGCUCUCACCAUUCUCUCUCCCGAUUCCAAUUCCGAUCCCAGUAUUCGCCAAGAACGACGGAGGAGAUACCGGAAUUGGUUGUGGUGGACUCGGUUUGCUGCAGUAAUUACGGUGCUGCAAUUUAUUGGGGCCGCUUAUUAUCUGUUUACUCUUACGAAAAUGGUGUAUCAAAAUGCAGUAUCAACUAGUUGUGUUCCAGAGCUUUUCUCAAGUGGUAUAAAAUGGCAGCGAAUUACAGUUUUCCUUUUCAUGUCAAUUGUAAUUUAUGUUGCCCCGGUCCAGUUUGUCACAGGAUCUGAUGUUUUGAGAUGGAGAUCUUUCUAUUCCACGGAGGAUUAUGCAUGGAAGGCACACUAUAGGGAGGUGUUUGAUAAUGGCAUCCGUCAAGCUUUGUGCUGUCUGGGACGGUUUAAUUACUUGAGUGCGUUGGAUGAAGAUGAAGUUUACUCAGUUGCAGAGUUUUUGGGUGAUCUUGUUACAUAUCGUGCAUCAGGAAGAGGACAUUUGGAAUUCUUGGCAGGGUUAGCUUUAUUGCAUAGAUAUAGUUCAUCCUCUAAGUUAUGUGAAGAGCCCCUACCAGUGCCCAUGGAAAGGAUUCAGGAGGCAGGUCUCUUUCAUCCGUUCGCUGAAGCUGCAUAUACUGGUCUAUUACUUGAUGUUGGAAGAAAUCCAUUAUUUUUCCCCUUGUCAUGGUUACGCAGACAAGGCAUCUUCUCUCCUUGGGCUCGUAAUAGCCUGCCAUUACUCGAAGGGGAUAACUGGUGGAGAGGUCACGCGGCGGCUUUUUUGAAAUAUGUCGAGCUAGCAAGUGACGUACUUAGAAAGGGACGUGUUAACCAAGAGAAGUGUAAAGCGGCGUACUUCAUUGUCGUUUUGCAUCACUUAAGAACUGUUGUGAUCGCUGUGCGUGGAACUGAGACCCCUGAAGACCUCAUUACUGAUGGUUUAUGCCGGGAAUGCAGCCUUUAUGAAGGAGAUUUAGAUGGUUUAGUAAAUUUUUGUCAUGAUGGAGAUCAUAUCCCAUUAACCAUGAAGAAAAUAGAAGCUUCAUCACCAGUGCACUAUGCUCACUCUGGUGUAGUCGAGGCUGCACGUGAUCUGUUUAUGCAAGUUGAAGGAAAUUCUAUCGAUGGUGGGUUUCUCUCCUCAUUACUGGGUUCAGGAUGUGAGUGUGAUGGAUAUAGUAUGCGAAUAGUAGGGCAUUCCCUUGGAGGAGCCAUCGCUGCUUUGCUUGGCAUUCGUUUGCACCGACAGUUCCCUAACUUACAUGUUUAUGCAUUUGGUCCUCUCCCCUGUGUGGAUCUAGUGGUAGCAGAUGCAUGUAAAGAUUUUAUAACCAGUGAGACUGACAUAUAACUAUGGAAAUCCUCUCAGCAUUGUAUACAACGAUGAGUUCUCAUCCCGCCUUUCGGUUGGAUCAAUUAUGAGACUUCAAGCUGCUGCACUUCAGGCUCUUUCACAAGAUGGCAUUAUGGAUUUAACCACACUUUCUAAACUCUCACGCCAGUUCUUGUUUCUGAACAUUUGUCAAGAGAAUAUGGAUGACCCAAAUCUUCCACAGUCACAAAAUGCGACUAGGCAGGAGUCAAGUUGGAAAGUUGGAGCAAAACGCUGUAAUCACAGAACUUGCUCAGCUGAGACAUUGAGUAGUUAUACCAAUAUGUUUACUCACUCUACUGAUAUGUACUUACAUGAUGAUCCUAUCACUCAAUUUAUGGAAGCUGUUCCUUGUUCGGGAAGCGAAUCAUCUUUGAAUCUCCCAGAGAUGUUUCUGCCUGGUCUUCUCAUCCAUAUCAUACCACAUAUGGAUGACCUAAAUAUGUCUUUCUGGACCCGCUGGAGAACCUGGGAUACAAGUUGUACAUAUAAAGCCUAUAUUGCAAAGAGAGAAUCCUUCAGAGAUUUCAUAGUAUCUCCAUCUAUUUUUCUUGAUCAUCUACCUUGGAGAUGUCAUAAAGCUUUGAAAGCAUUGUCAAAGGUACAAAGCCUUGAAGUACUUCCUGAUAAACUGCAAAUUGUAUAAUCAACAGCCUGGAAAUUCUCCAACGCCACACCCAGAGGUCACUGAGGCGUUACACCUUGAGUCCUGACUUAUCCUCCUACUGUCCUGCAUGAUGCAAGUUACUCCGUAUGCGGCAUUUGUUAUGUUUAUUACUAGUAUUACUCAUGUGCAGUCAUUAUUAUCCAAACAUAACUUGUGUAGACUACUUACUCAUUGUUUUGCUUGUACAUUUCUACCAAUCGAUAAGUACAAACAAAUGUGUUUAUGCAAACAGGAAGCGU